GUCCCCUUGUCGCUAUGAGAACGUUUAUUAAAAUGGCUUCUGUCCCAGCUGCUAGAUCAAGAAUCUAAAGCUAGAAUCUAGGCCUAUAUAAAAUGUUUUAUUCUUUAACCACAUCUAAGAAAUAAAAAAAUGGUAAGUAUUCCUGAAUGGGCAAGAAUAGCUCCACUAGCAGAGAUCAAGCCACAAGAUAAUCAUAAACUUUUAAAUAAGUUUUACAAGCAGAAAGAAGCAGAAGUGAUUAAACAAGCUGAAGAAUCAGGGUUUUUUCUAAAUCCUACAGAAAAUGUGUUAGUAUCAUACUGUUCUGAGCAGAAUAGUGAUGAAAAAGAUAUCAGGAAAUUCCGAAUUGUUUGUUUAAAUGGGCUACACCUUAGAACCCUGGGUGAUAUACAAGCAUGUAACAACCUUACCAUUUGCUUGCUUGCUAACAACUAUCUCACCAAGUUUGACUCCCUAGUGACUUGUACACAACUUAUCAAGCUAGAUCUUCAUUCAAAUCAGCUCAAUGCUAUACCUGGACCUAAUUUUUGGGGACGUCUACUCAAGUUACAUACACUAUAUCUCCAUGACAACCCUAUUGGAAAGUUUGAGACACUCCAGAUAUUAAGCUCCUCUCCUUGUCUCUCCAUUUUGACACUCUAUGACACUCCACUUUCUCUAAAAAAGAACUACAGACAUCAUGUUGUCAACAGCAUCUUGACACUGAAAGCUCUGGACAAACAUGUCAUCUCUGACGAGGAAAUCAUUGAAGAUGCUGUGUUCAGUAGCAGGUUCAAGAUGCUCAGUCCUCCAUUCAGAAUAAAUGUGUCUCAUCAAUCCAGCCAUAAAACAACCUACUCUCAAGAGAUGGCAUUGUUUCACUCUGUCAAUGCUAAAGUGAACUCAAUCCUGGCCAAACACUCCCCUGUUCUCAUUGUCCAGAGAGUUGUUAGAGGAUUUCUAAUCAGGAAGAAAAGGCUAGCAAUCAGAAAUAAACCAAAAGGUGUUAGGCCAAGGGAGGUAAUCCCACCUCCUGGUACUCCAGUAUUUUUGAUUGACUCUGUGAGGACAACUCUGGCUGGUGAAGCUGUGGAUUAUGACACUUACAUGAGGAACCGUAGGCCUGGCUCUAUAGUACCUGUUGAGGCAUUAACUCAGUUGGUAUCAUUGCCAUCUCUGUGUGAGGAUGGUAACUUCCAAAUCAACAUGACAAAGCUGGAGCAUGGAACCAUGUCAAACCUUCUUGCAGACAGCAGUGCUAUGGAGACAAUGAUGGCUGAACAUGGUGACAUGGGGCUUAACUACUCACAUCGUAAAGAGAAAAAAAUGAAAAGAGAAAAAGAUAAAGAAGAGAAGCAAAAGAAAACCAGAAUCAAGGACGUCAAACAAUUUUUUGGCCCCAUUCUGUCUACAGAACCUGAUGAAGAUGACGAAGAGAUGGAGGUCUCUAGAACUGGCUUCAGACUGAGAGGUGAAAAACCCAAGUUGUAUGUGGGGGAUGCCACCACAGAGAUGAUCCUAAGUAAGAAAGAAGCUGGGCAGAUGGUUAGAGAAGCAGAGACAAACAGGUUGACAAAAGAACUCUUCAAACCUAAGCCUAAAGCAGACCCAUAUACCUUCACCAACAAUGAGCAAAGGUUUUUCAACAGAGCACAAGGAACUAUGGGAUUCUCCAAUCUUCUAGCUGUACAUAAAGCAUACAAGGAGCGAGAAAAAUCUGAAAGAGCUGCUGCAAGGAUGGAAAAUAUUUUGGGCUUGCGAGAAGAAAGACUACGAGCCAAGGACAGAAUCAGCAUGUACCACGACCAAAGGAGAGCUCAGAUACUAAAGGCCAGGGAGCUGGAGAAGUCCCAGCUGCUAGAGCUGUUGGAGAAGAAAGAGCUUCAGAGGCUGAACUUUAUGGACAAGCAGCAGGAGCGCAAGGUGAGGAGUUCAGACAUCAACAAGCUGUUCAGGGCCAACCACUCUUUUAUGUUAGAUUUUAACUCCCAGCACACCUCUGUGUCUAAAGCUUUGUUGAGACAUGACAGGCAAGCAAAAUGGGAAGACACAAGGACACACAGACGGAACAAAGUGACGACUGCUAAGAUGAAUGAAAUAGAGCAGAGGGACGCAGUGAAAAACUUUAUGGAGUAUCGACUACUGAUGCGCCAGACAGAGACAGCUGUAGCCAAAGCUGCGCUUGACACUAAAAUGCUGACGGAGGCCAAUGAACGGAUUAUGGAUGCUCGUAACAGAGUGGCCCACCAAAAGGCCUGUCAGGCCAGCAUCCAAGCCUACUAUCCAAUCCCACCCAACACCGUCCCACUGGCUAGCACGGCCCCUGCUGGGAUAUCAGAGUGGAACGAGUCGUUUCCCAUGAGAGUGGGGAGGCACCACACAGUCUAUAGUUGACAAAAACAAACAGGAAUAGCAAGUUUCCCAUGAGAGUGGGAAGACACCAUACAGUCUAUAGUUGACAAAAACAAACAGGAAUAGCAAGUUUCCCAUGAGAGUGGGAAGACACCAUACAGUCUAUAGUUGACAAAAACAAACAGGAAUAGCAAGUUUCCCAUGAGAGUGGGGAGGCACCACACAGUCUAUAGUUGACAAAAACAAACAGGAAUAGCAAGUUUCCCAUGAGAGUGGGAAGACACCAUACAGUCUAUAGUUGACAAAAACAAACAGGAAUAGCAAGUUUCCCAUGAGAGUGGGGAGGCACCACACAGUCUAUAGUUGACAUAUACCAGCAGGAAUAACAAGUUUCCC